GGUUAUAGCAUAUAAAAGCUGCAGAUUAAGAUAAAAUCAACGAAAAAAGAUAUAACCAUCGUUUUAUUAUUUAUUAUUGAUAAUAGAAUGCUAAGGGGAUGUAGGGAAAUGAUUAUAAUAGAAAUAAGAAACAUGAUUGUGGGUUUUGUCGUUUAAUGUAUCAAAUGUACCAAAGUAAGAGUAAUGGGUAAAAUUGAGUGUUUGCUGUUGUUUAUGAUAUCCGAUCACGUUACGUGUAUUAUGAUGAUGCCUAUGCUGAUUAUGUUCUUGAUGAUGAUGACUUAUGUUGGUUAUACCAGAGGACGUCCAACUUUUGAUAAACAUAAGAAACUUUUGUUUAUCUUCCUCUGAAAUGUAUUGACAAUGAACUAGUUUAGGUGUAAUUACUUUAAAUGUUCUACCAUUGUUAUUGUUUUUACUACUCCUACUGCUGCUAUUGCUAUUAUUACGAUUAUUGCUGUUACUACUAUUGCUACUGCUAGUACUGCUAUUGCUACUGCUAUUGCUACUGCUAUUGCUACUGCUACUGC